AUGGAGGCUGACUUCAUUGCCAGGAUGCAACAGAUACGGUUAACAGAGGAGGAAGGUGAAGUACUAGAGAUUCGAUCUACAAAUCGGGAUAAAACAUUAGAGGAAUGCUCCCUAAGCUUGUUGGGACGCUUCCUUUCCACUCGUCCCUAUAACCUGAAAGCAACGAAGGCAACGUUACGAGCUGCAUGGAAGCUGGGAAGUGAUGUCAGGAUCAUCGAGGUGGGGGAAGAAAUACUACAAUUUAAGUUCACAUUGGAAAGCCAGUUGGUAUGGGUCCUUAACAAUGGACCAUGGAGCUUCGACAAUAACCUCCUCGUCCUCCGUAGGUGGGAACGGGGCAUGACGGCGAGGUUGGUAACUUUCUCAGUGCUACCUAUAUGGGUUCAAGUAUGGGGAUUGCCAUUUGAUCUCAUCAAUGAGGAAGCUGCAUGGGAUAUUGGCAAAGGCCUCGGUCAUGUGGUGGAAGUGGACAACAAAACUUUCUCGUCGGAACAAGCUCGCUUCAUCCGAAUCUGUGUGGAGAUUCCGCUGCAUAAACCAAUUUGGCGGGGAGGUUAUGUACUCAGCCUUGAAGGAGACCGGGUAAGAGUGGGAUUCAAAUAUGAAAGAAUGGUAGGACUUUGCUACCAAUGUGGUUUAUUUGGCCAUGAUGCAAAAGAGUGCCCAACCCCAAAGGACCAACAGCUGACCGAGAACCCAUAUGGGGAAUGGCUGAAAGCAGGGCAACGGAAAAGCUGCGACAUACCGAAUAGACGACGGAACAGCUCACCACGGUGGGAAACAAGGUAG